ACUACUAUUAGGUUUUGUUUUCCUUUUGUAACCUUAAAUGGUCUAGACCCGCCUCCAGCUUCCAUCCCACAGUCGAGAUCUGUUAGCACACCUUCGCUAUAAAAAGACGCCAAGCUGCUUGGAAAUCUCUCAGCUUAGAAUCGGAUCCUCGGAGUCGGAAUUAACUCCCUUUCCAGAAUUCCUGCUUUGAUUUCUACACAGCACCAGUUGCUCCCCAAAGCAGUCCAAGGAAUAAUGGAACAGGAAGAGACCCUGGAAGAGAAAGAGGAACUUGAGGACAACAAUGAUUAUUCUUCAGCGCCUGACUCAGGGCCACGCGUGUUUAAAAUAUUACAGAAAUGGGUUCCAAAGGCAUCUCACUACUUUGACAAAGACCAUUAUUCUUAUGCUGGCCAUCAGAUCACCAUUCAAGAGUCCAUCGAAAACUUUGGAGCCGUAGUAUGGCCUGGUGCGCUUGCUUUGUGCCAGUACUUGGAGUCAAAUCAACAAGAAGUCAACCUCAAAGACAAGAAAGUACUUGAAAUUGGAGCUGGAACAGGGCUGGUGUCCAUUGUGGCAAGUAUGCUAGGUGCUUUCGUUACAGCUACUGACUUGCCUGAGGUACUUGUAAACCUGGAGUUUAACAUUUCAAAAAACACUCGCAACAUAGAUGUUCACAAGCCUGAAGUAAGAAAGUUGGUUUGGGGAGAGAAUCUCAAUGAAGACUUCCCUAAAUCAACCCACCAUUAUGAUUUCAUUGUGGCUACUGAUGUUGUAUAUCAUCACACAGCUCUGGAUCCUCUGCUAGUCACCAUGGCUCAUUUAUGUCAGCCCGGGACAAUCUUGUUAUGGGCCAACAAAUUCAGAUUCAGCACAGAUUAUGAUUUUUUGGACAGGUUCAGCAACAUAUUCGAUAUCACACAAUUAGCGGAAUUUCCAGAGCCAAAUGUCAAGCUGUUCAAAGGCACAAUAAGAGAAAAUUAAAAGCCAAAAGAGUGUCAGAAUCCGGAUAAAACUGUAGCAGUCGAAAAGUUUACAGAGAAGCAGUUUUUAGG